AGACGGCAUCAAACACCCCGAAACCGUGUGGGUCGUCUCAUUUUUGCGCCACGCUUUCUGCUAUAUCUGCAUUCUUUCCUCAAGAUUUCAGUAUUUUUGCCGCUAGAGGACUUCUCAUACGGCUUUUCCGAUGUCUCUGUCAAAUGAUUGUCCGCCAGAGCUCCCGCAGCAAGCUCAAGAGCCAGUCAGGUUAUUUAAGGAGAUUGAUGAGCCGCUUUUCGAUUUAGAGGGGCCCAUUUCUAUCUCCUGUCAUUGUAACAGGAUCAACGGCCUCAUUAAAGUUCUUCCUCUUCGUGCAUUUGGCAAUGGUGCCAGUAUUGAGAUCGAUAUAAAUCACGAUUAUAAGACAAGAAAAUACUCGGGCCAGUUGGCCGUAUCAUACUUUCCAUCGAUUCAGCCGGAGCCUUCCAUAUUAGAAAAGACGGUAUGUUUCCGUCUAGGCGACCUUGACCAACAGAAUGCCACUACCAUCUACUUUUGCCCCACCUGUGGGUGUCACCUUUUCAAGGAGGAGUGGGAAACGGUAGCUGAAAAAACCGGACCUACUUGGGCAGUGGCAACUGGAGUUGCGGAGAAGAUGCCAGAAAAACUAGCUACUUUCACAAUUGGCCGGCAUAUAAAUGUCGACCAGACGGGAGAUGAAGGGUUAUCAGUUUGGAUGAAGGCCCGAAAUGAUGGUAGCAUCAUCCAGACAGAUAUUCCACUGCAGGAUAAGGAGAGUCUCCUGGCGAAAGGGCACACUCUGCUGUCGUCUACGCCCAUUGCCAAUCCUUCAAGUUCUGGGGACACCGAUGGCGACACACUGGACGCGUCUUGCUUUUGCGGCACUGUCAAAUUCCAUGUCACAAGGCCUAAUCAUGAAAGCACGCUGCCAAAAUCACAAUUUCCUGAUUUGAUGAUCCCAUAUUGCAUCAAAGCCGAGGAAACCCCCAACCCCGGGGACAAGAAAUGGUGGAUCCGGGGGGAUCGCUAUCUUGCAGGGACUUGUACGUGCAAUUCCUGCCGUACAUGCUCGGGCUUCGAUAUACAAUCGUGGAGUUUCAUCCCCCGUGCCAAUAUAUUCAUGCAUCACUCCGACAAGGUCGUGGGCCUCGAUUUCAUGAAUCUGCCAGAGGGUAUCCUACGCAGCUACAACAGCUCGCCUGGUGUUACCCGAGAGUUCUGUCCUGGAUGUGGAGCGACUAUAUUCUGGCACAACACUGACCGGUCGGAGCUGAUUGAUGUUAGUGUUGGGCUGUUUAACGCACAGGGGGCAAGAGCAGAAGGUUGGUUGGACUGGUGGAAGGAAAGAGUUAGUUUUGAAGAGGACCGUUUCGAUGGAUUGAUAUGGGAUCCGGUGACGUGCUUGGUGACGGGACUUAAAGGGUCUAUUGGAGCGGGUGUGUAGCAUGGCGACUAUUUAGGAGGUUAUGGAUAGUGCCAUGCUCUGAGAGACUGUAGAUACUGGCAAGCGUCAAAAUGCCGUAGACCCCAGCAUGCGCUCAAGUGAGUGUGGAUACUUGCAUGUGUUUUGAAUCUGGGGAUGCAAGCAUUUAUAGGACCAUGAAUAGUGGCGCGCGUCGUGCAAUGCGUUGGGAGAUGGUAUGUUCGGCGGCACUGAGCAUCAUUAUCCCACUCCGGACAACAAAUGAUACAUUAUCCUCG